UUCCUUUCUCCCGCUUGAUACUAUUCUUAUUCGUGAUUAUUAUUCCCCUGCCUUUCACCACGCUCUGGGUUGUCGGAUUCCUGCUGGAUCCCAUCCAAUCAUGUCUGCCAUCGCAACCGAGGAUUCGCUGUCGCCGUUGAUCCAAAAAUGGCUUGAGUGGGACCAAGAUCCUGCCACGCGUGCGGAAAUUGAGCAGCUGCGAGAUGCUGGUGCUGUCAAGGACCUAGAACAACGCCUCCAGAACCGCAUCCAGUUUGGUACGGCUGGUCUCCGGGGCCGGAUGGCAGCAGGAUUCUCAUGCAUGAAUCCUUUGACGGUCAUCCAGGCAUCCCAGGGUCUAGCCAAAUACCUGAAAGACAAACAUUCCGGUAUUGCAUCCGCCGGUGUGGUCAUUGGCCAUGAUGCUCGGUACAACUCGGCCAGAUUCGCUGCUCUGGCAGCAAAUGCCUUCAUUGCUCUAGAGAUCCCUGUUUGGUUCUACCCCCAGCCUUCGGUGACACCAUCGGUCCCAUUCGGUGUAACCCAUCUGCAGGCUGCGGCAGGAAUCAUGGUCACUGCAAGUCACAAUCCAGCUCAAGACAAUGGCUACAAAGUCUACUUCAAAAAUGGAGCCCAAAUCAAUACCCCCAUGGAUGUAGAAAUCGCCCAGUCGAUUGAGGAAAACCUGGUCCCUUGGACUGGUGCCUGGAAGGACCAGCAACCCGGCGAAUAUCUCCACACUGAUGCUUAUAGGAGGGUCCUGCCGGAAUAUACGAAGACAGCUUGGCAAUAUGCUAAAUCCACCGUAACCAAAUGGGGACCUCCGAGCCCUUUUGUGUAUACUCCGUUACACGGGGUUGGUGGCUUGGUUUUCCCGGACCUGUGCCAGUCCGUGGGAAUCAACAACCUAUCUCCUGUAGCAGAGCAGAUCCAGCCCAAUCCAGACUUCCCCACGGUUUCAUUCCCAAAUCCCGAGGAAGCCGGGGCCUUGGAUCUUGCCAUGCAAACAGCCGACAAGGAGGGGAAGACCCUUAUUGUCGCCCAUGAUCCAGAUGCGGAUCGGUUUGCAGCGGCCGAGAAAGUCAAUGGUUCUUGGUUUCCUUUUACGGGAAAUCAUGCCGGCGUGCUCCUAGCAUCACAUCUCUUUGAGUCUCUACAGGGCCGGGAGGACAAGCCCCGUGUUGCCGUUCUAAACUCCACGGUCUCCUCGGGCAUGCUGGACAAAAUGGCUUCGGCUAACGGAAUACGUUUCCAGGAGGCAUUGACAGGGUUCAAAUGGAUGGGUAAUAUCUCGCGGAACCUCGAGGACGAAGGAUACUACGUGCCCUAUGCAUUUGAAGAGGCCCUCGGGUACAUGUUCCCAGAGGUCUGCUACGACAAGGAUGGCAUUACUGCCGCACUGGUCUUCUUGUCAGCGGAGGCAAAGUGGAGGUCUCAAGGACUCACACCCUACACGAAACUACAGCAACUCUUCAAGGAGUUUGGCCACUUCGAGACCCUCAAUACCUACUUCCGAUCCCCCAACCCGGCCACGACAGGGAGCUUGUUUGAAGCCAUCAGGGGCGGGCCCUACCAGGCCGAGAAAUCUUUGGGAUCAUUCAAGAUUCUGAGAUGGCGAGAUAUGACGGAAGGCUAUGAUUCCGGAACCCAAAACCACAAACCGACACUGCCCGUGGACAAAUCCAGUCAUAUGCUGACCUUGUGGCUUGAUCGGGAUGUUCGGUUUACCAUCCGAGCCUCAGGAACAGAGCCCAAAGUCAAGGUGUACAUUGAAAGUUGUGGUGCAUCUCGCGAACAGGCCACGGAUGCUGUUUGUGAUGCUUUCCUGGCCGUUCUGAAGGAAUGGAUCCAGCCUUCUGCUCCAUCAAUGACGUACAGCAAACAGCUGCCCACAUCCUCUGGACAUGUAUACACAGUUCCGGAGUAGGGUUAUCCGGUUGGGUAAGGGCUCUUGAAUUGGCUUGGUUUACCUAUUGGAACGUCUCCAGAGGGAAACUGCAGGCGACUUCUAGACUGUCCCACACUAAUCUAUCCUAUGAGGGAGAGUUCAUGGAUAAAUUUCCUAAGAAAUGACCCCGAAAUAGAGCAAUCUGUCCAUAUUGACUUCAAAUAUCAAUCAAGGGUGGUGUAGCAUCAAGAACAAACAAAAUCAAUGUCAUACAGCAUUUAUAGCGCAUAGCAAUGAUCAAAUCUAUUGGCUAC